CGCCUUGGGGGAGGAGCCGAGGGGCGGUGCGGAGGCUCGCGGCGGAGCAGAGCAGGCUUCUGUCGCCGCACCGGCAGCUGCGGCUCAGGGACAGACAGACGGAGCCAGGGCCGGGAGCCGCCCGGGGCAGGGCUCGGGAGAGCGGGCCCCAGCAUGAGGCCCCAGCCCCGCCGGAGCCCCCAUGCUGCCCCGGCCCCCGGCACGCCGUGCUAGCCCCCAGCCAGGGCGCGGGGAGGCGCGGUGGCCAUGGCCAGCCACGUGGACCUGCUGACCGAGCUGCAGCUGCUGGAGAAGGUGCCCACGCUGGAGCGGCUGCGCGCCGCCCAGAAGCGCCGGGCCCAGCAGCUGAAGAAGUGGGCGCAGUACGAGCAGGACCUGCAGCACCGCAAACGCAAGCACGAGCGGAAGCGCAGCACCGGCGGCCGCAGGAAGAAGGUGUCCUUCGAGGCCAGCGUGGCCCUGCUGGAGGCCUCGCUUAGGAACGACGCCGAGGAAGUGCGCUACUUCCUGAAGAAUAAGGUCAGCCCUGAUUUGUGCAACGAGGAUGGACUCACAGCCCUGCACCAGUGCUGCAUCGACAACUUUGAGGAAAUUGUCAAGUUGCUCCUCUCCCACGGUGCAAACGUGAACGCCAAGGACAACGAGCUGUGGACGCCCCUGCACGCUGCGGCCACCUGCGGCCACAUCAACCUGGUGAAAAUCCUCGUUCAGUAUGGGGCCGACUUGCUUGCCGUCAAUUCUGAUGGGAACAUGCCCUAUGACCUCUGCGAGGAUGAGCCCACCCUGGAUGUCAUCGAGACGUGCAUGGCGUACCAGGGCAUCACCCAAGAGAAGAUCAACGAGAUGCGAGCAGCCCCUGAGCAGCAGAUGAUUUCGGACAUCCACUGUAUGAUUGCAGCCGGCCAGGACCUCAACUGGAUAGAUGCCCAGGGGGCCACGCUGCUGCACAUAGCUGGAGCCAAUGGAUACCUGCGGGCAGCAGAGCUCCUUCUGGACCACGGAGUGCGUGUGGAUGUGAAGGACUGGGAUGGCUGGGAGCCCCUGCACGCGGCUGCCUUCUGGGGGCAGAUGCAGAUGGCGGAGCUCUUGGUGUCCCAUGGGGCCAGUCUCAGUGCUAGGACAUCCAUGGAUGAGAUGCCAAUAGACCUAUGUGAGGAAGAAGAGUUCAAGGUCCUGCUGCUGGAGCUAAAACACAAGCACGACGUGAUCAUGAAGUCGCAGCUGAGGCACAAGUCAUCCCUGAGCAGGAGGACGUCCAGCGCGGGCAGCCGCGGGAAGGUGGUGCGUCGAGCCAGCCUGUCGGACAGGACCAACCUGUACAGGAAGGAGUAUGAGGGAGAGGCCAUCCUGUGGCAGCAGCGGAGCGCAGCCGAGGAUCAAAGGACCUCUGCCUACAACGGGGACGUCAGAGAGACCAGGACAGACCAAGAGAAUAAGGACCCAAACCCCAGGCUGGAGAAGCCCGUGCUGCUCUCCGAGUUUCCUACCAAGAUCCCCCGAAGUGAAAUGGACGUGCCUGUUGAGAAUGGCCUCCGGGCUCCGGUCAGCACCUACCAGUAUGCACUGUCCAACGGGGACGUCUGGAAAGUGCACGAGGUGCCCGACUACAACAUGGCCUACGGCAGCCCUGGCAUGGCCGAUGCCACCCCGCCCUGGAGUGGCUACAAGGAACAGAGCCCCCAGACGCUUCUGGAGCUGAAGCGGCAGCGGGCAGCAGCCAAGCUGCUCAGCCAUCCCUUCCUGAGCACGCACCUGGGCAGCAGCAUGGCCAGGACGGGCGAGGGCAGCAGUGAAGGCAAGGCCCCCUUGAUCGGAGGCAGAACUUCACCUUACAGCAGCAAUGGGACCUCGGUGUAUUACACGGUCACCAGUGGAGACCCCCCGCUCUUGAAGUUCAAGGCUCCCAUGGAGGAGAUGGAGGAGAAGGUCCAUGGCUGCUGCCGCAUCUCCUAGUCUCCGUGUGAUGGGGCAGAGAGAUGCUUUGGGGAGAGUGUCCCUGGAAUCCAAGCCAGCCCAGCAGCCCUGGCUGGGGAGGCAUCAGAGGGUGGCUGCGGGGAGGUGGGCUCUGCUUUCCCAAGGAAUGCGGACCCCACCUCUCAGCCAGCUGUCAAUAGCAUCACCACUUCCCACGGUUCUGCUUUGUGCUGCAUUGUCUGCCAUCAAAAACAAGGCCCGUGGUGGCUUCCUGACUUA